GUCACCCGCUUGCAUCCUAUCCUCAUUCUCUUAUCUUCAGAACUUGUUGCAAUGGCUUCACUGCUACUCGGAACCCCUUCCAUGGCGUGCCACUCCGUCUCUUUCUCCUUCUCUCAUUCUCAGUCCGUCGCCGGGGUUUCUCUCUCCUCUCCGCCGACAUUAUCUCUAUCUUCUUCCGUCUCCACCUCUCCAGCUCUGCCACUCAUUUACUGCGGCAGAGGUGACAGGAAGACCGCCAAAGGCAAACGCUUUAACCACUCCUUUGGAAAUGCGAGACCCAAGAACAAGAACAAGGGAAGAGGUCCUCCAAAAGCGCCAAUCUUCCCUAAAGGGGAUCCAUCUCAGAAAGAGGAUUGAUGAUGAGUAGCUAAGUUGGUUCUGAAUAGGAUAUUUUGUUGAGGUAAUCCUUGCCCCUCUUCCUAUCUGUUACGUAUCAGGAUGGUACUUGAGUUGUUAAUGUAAUUUUGUGUUCAGUUAGCUCUUGUGAUAUUGUAAACCUUAUUUGUGGAAGAAAUUGUGGAUCCACUACUUAUUAUAUAUGAUGAUUUGUUGAA